UAAUAAUUAAAAAAAGAGGAGGAAAUCAAAUGGGAAAUUUUGGGUGGCUGGUGAGAAUGAUGAGAGAGAAAAGAAACAAGACAAAGAAAAAAAGAAAGCGAAAAUAGUGAAUCAACCAACUGGGAAAUUUUGGAAAGAGAGAGAAAUUAACAACAUAGACACAGAAAAACCAUAGAGAAAGAAGAAAAUACAACAAAACAAAACUCCUCAUGAUGAUGAAGAUGGUCGAAGAGAUGAUCCUCUGAGAUCAUCCUUAAAAAGGCAGCAAUAAUAGAUAUCAUAAAAAAAAUGUAUUAAAUUAAUUAAUAGAGAUUUAAGAUUUUGUUUGUAUUCAAAAUUUUGCUGCCUUUUUUUUUUUGUCUUUGUUACAAAAUUUGUCACCACCUUGCAAUUUCAUCCCCCACCAUCAUUGAAAUUAAAUUCUUGGUCAAAAAUUCGUCACUUUUUGUACCCUUUUGACCUCUUCACGCGCUACACAAAUUGUUGAGGAAAAUUGAGAGGAAGAUAUAUUGAGUAGAGGUUUCAAGGUUAUGUCUUUGUUGAAUAUAUUGUAACAAAGAGAUAAUAUUGUAAAAAUGAGGGAUCCUGAUGUGAUUUUUGGACCUCAACAAUAUUUUUGAUUUGUAUUGUAACAUAGUUAGUGAGUUUCUUAAGCUUCAUCUAAAUAGAUAUUAAUUAUAUAUACUAUAGAAUAUUAUAUAGUGGCUCAAUCAAGUUGGCAUUGGCUUCAUCAAGAAAUGGGAAUGAGAUGUAACACAUUUAGAUUUUGGUUUAGAAUUUAUAUUUGCUUCAUUACUGUUUGGGGAAUUCAUGGGUGUGUGUCGCUUAAUGAUGAAGGAAUGGCUUUGUUGGAGUUUCGUGCAAGAGUAACAUGUGAUCCUCAUGCUGCUUUGGAAAAUUGGGAUCCAAAUGAUUGUGACCCCUGUAACUGGGUUGGGGUCCAUUGUGUCGAUGGUAAAGUGCAGAUGCUGGACCUAAAUGGACUAUACUUGGAAGGGACAUUGGCUCCAGAACUUGGGAAACUUAGUCACUUAAAAUCUCUUGUGUUAUGCAAUAAUAACUUUUCUGGUGACAUUCCUAAAGAACUUGGAGAUUUAGUUGAGUUAGAAUUAUUGGAUUUAAGGGAAAAUAACUUGUCAAAAAGCAUCCCAUCAGAGCUUAGUAGAAUGUUAUCCCUAAAACACUUAUUGCUUUGCUAUAACAAAGUAGAAGAUAGUGAUUCUCAAGAUCAAGGAAAUUUCAGAUUUUUCUCUAAAUCACUACUUGAUGAGUGUUCAUCACCUUUGACAACAUUAUUUGCUUGCAUCAAUAGAAAGUUUGGUCACUGGUUCAAGCAAGGUCAGGAAGAGAAAUGUUUCGACCUUCAGCCUCGUACUAAUGAGGCAGAGAUUGAGAUGAAUGUACCGAAUCUUGUCAAUUACGCGCGUCGUAGGUUACUUGAUCAAUCCAGUAACCUUGCAGCUGUACCAUAUAAUGGCGAACAUACAACAGAUUUCAGUUAUAUACCAAUUAGCACUUGUACUGGAUCUUUUCCAGCUGUUCCAGAUGCAACCAAGAAACAAAAUCAGUCACAAACACCACAAUUGCCUUCUUCUCCUCCUUCUGAGCUUUCUUCUCCUUCCGAACCUUCACAAGACGGAAAGCAAACAAGUGAAGAACAACUGAAAACUUAUGGAAAUUUGUGGAAGUAUCUACUUAUUAUCUUAGCCGCGGUUGUAUUGGUCAUUGUGAUCAUAGUUCUUGUUUGCAUUUGUAGAAAACCAGCAGCUAAAAUAAUUAAGCCUUGGAAUACAGGCAUAAGUGGACAGUUGCAAAAAGCUUUUGUAACAGGGGUUCCUAAGUUGAAUAGAGCAGAGCUAGAGACAGCUUGUGAGGAUUUCAGCAAUAUUGUUACUAAUUUUGAAGCAUGCACUGUAUUCAAAGGAACAUUGUCUAGUGGAGUUGAAAUUGCUGUUGUUUCUAGUCUGAUUAAUUCUUCUCAAGAUUGGACUAAGAGCAUGGAAUUGAACUACAGAAGAAAGAUUGCCACAUUGUCCCGGAUUAACCAUAAGAACUUUGUUAAUCUUAUUGGUUACUGUGAGGAAGAACAACCAUUCUCAAGGAUGUUUAUAUUAGAAUAUGCCCCAAAUGGAAGUCUAUUUGAGCACCUACAUGUUAAGGAAAUUGAAGGUCUUGAAUGGAAUGAAAGAGUAAGGAUCAUAAUGGGAACUGCCUAUUGUCUUCAGUACAUGCAUCAUGAUUUAAAUCCACCUAUAGCUCAUACCAAAGUUAGUUCGAAGUGUAUCAUGUUGACGGAUGAUUAUGCUGCAAAGCUUGCUGAGGAAACUUUUAGAAGUGUUACCGAAUCAGUUAAGACAACUAGAGGCGACUCAAAGAAAUCUGAGAUGACGCGUGCUGGUCUCGACACCAAUGUCUAUGACUUUGGAGUAUUAUUGCUUGAAAUAAUUUCGGGGAAAUUGCCUCAUUCCGAAGAACAAGGAAAUCUUGUCAACUGGGCUGCUGAUUACAUAAAUGACAAGAGAAACAUAGGUUAUAUGAUUGAUCCAAGUUUGAAAUCAUUCAAGGAGAAUGAACUUGAUGUAAUUUGUGAAGUGAUUCAAAGUUGCAUCCAACCUGAUCCAAAGUUAAGGCCUACAAUGAGAGACAUAACUUCCAGAUUAAGGGAAGUUAUUACUGUGACACCUGAGCAAGCUGUUCCAAGACUUUCUCCACUAUGGUGGGCUGAACUUGAGAUAUUAUCAGUGGAGGCUACUUAAGCUGCAAGACUCUCUCUAUCCUCUAUGCUGCUAAAAAACCUUUUUCUAACUUCAAUCUCAUCAGUAUUGUACUUUUGUAAAAUUAUUUAAGAUUAAUACCUUAAUUAGCUAUGUAUGUCCAUAUUAAAUGUAUGUUAAGUGCUGUUUUGCAAGAUCCUUGAUGUAAAUUGUAUUGUAUGUAUUUUUUUGUUGUUAGUUUGAAUGUAAAAAUUUCUGUCAUGGUUUGACAUACAAUCAAUAUAGGUGAUCUGUUGAAUUAUCAACACUAAUGUUUCUUGAGAAAUUAAUAGUAACAAAAAAACUCAUGCAUUAUUGAAGAAAA